GAUUUGUUUUGCUGCUGCUGGAUGUCAUAUAUUUCGCUGGAGGAAAAAACAACCACAUCUGCUGUCUAGUAAAAAAACGCAAACGUCGGGCAACACCGAAGUGGGUUUUUUUAUAUUUCUUGAGAGGAGACGAAACUGCGUCAUUAGAUACGUCUUACAUUACAUCAUUAUAGUAGGGUUUUUUUGCAAGAUGGUGAGUGUUAGUUAGCCUGAGACAGCUUGCUAAGCUAACUAGCAGGCUAACAAAGCAGGCUUUUUUUAUAUAUGUAUAUAUAAUGUGGACACAUCUGUAAGCUUUAUCCAGCUGUGUGACAGAGCAACACUGUUAAAAAGCCAUCGUUUUAAUAGUUUAAUUGUUAUUGAAGCCUGCAGAAUGGGUUAGCUAUAGUGUGACUGGAGUAUGCAUAUAAAACACCUCUUGUAGUUUAUAGUAAAGUAACAUUUUUGAGUCAUUAUCGUCUUUUAAAGGCGCCCAAUAGUUAAUAUUAGAGUCUAAUACAUCAGUCAGGGGAUUUGAGACCCGUGGAGGUUUGAUGUUUUGGACUGUCACCAUCACCCCUGGCAUCUCCUCUAGAAAGCCAUGUCAUGAUGGUGCUCAGGAGGCUACUGAGAAAGCGCUGGGUGCUGGGAGUAGUCUUUGGACUGUCUCUGAUCUACUUUCUCACCAGCACACUCAAACAGGAGGAGAGGACCAUACGGGACCGCACACUCUUGGAGGUUAGAGAUUCAGAUCAUCGCAUCCCCUGGAAAGUCCGUUUUAACCUGGGCAACAGCAGCCGACAGAUCACUCAGUGCAGAAACUCCAUCCAGGGCAAGACACUGAUCACAGAUGAACUUGGUUAUGUCUGCGAGAGAAAAGACUUGCUGGUGAACGGCUGCUGUAACGUCAAUGCUCCCAGCACCAGACAAUACAUUUGUAAAAGCUGCCUGGCCAACGGUUGCUGUAGCAUCUACGAGUAUUGCGUGUCAUGCUGCCUCCAGCCUGAUAAGCAACCUCUUCUUGAGCGCUUCCUGAAUCGUGCAGCUGAAGGCUUUCAGAAUCUCUUCACUGCCGUGGAGGAUCAUUUUGAGCUGUGCCUGGCCAAGUGUAGGACCUCUUCACAAAGUGUUCAGCAUGAGAACACCUACCGAAACCCUCAAGCAAAGUACUGCUAUGGCGAGAGUCCUCCAGAGCUACUACCUGUAUAAGCAUUUGACUUUCCUCGCCGGUUUAGGAAGUACCAGAACAGCAGUGGGCUAAUAAAGGCCCCCUGUUUGGACACCUAAUUGUUCUUGGAGAAGAGACUUUGCAAAUGAACUGUUGUCUUGGACAUGUUUGCAUUAUAGUGGCAAAGAGAUGAAGACAGCCAAGACACCAGACCAACCUCAAAAUGGACAAAUGCUGUAUGUGAUUUGAUUAUUUACACUUCAUAAGUGCAUUAGAACGCUUCAUACAUUCAUCCAUGAUGAUCAUCAGGUCUACAUAGCAGGCAGCUCAUCCAUCAGGAUUCAUUUCAAACCAGUUCAUUUCAUAACAUAGGCUUCAUUUCAAACCUGAUUUAAAAAGGUAACAGCUUUUUCAUGUUUUGUUGAAUAUUUUUAAAACGGCAAAGAAUGUGUCAUUACUUUUGUCUUAGUGCAUGCAUAUGAAAUGGCUAUUUAA